GGAACCGGAAGAAGAACCUACCACAAUAGUAUUUUAAAACAUGGCCGCGAACGAAGCCGGACGGACGAAGUGGACCGAGGAGACGGAGGACGCGCUGGUGGAGUGGUGGCAGCGCUACGAGUGUCUGUACAACAUGUCGUCCGACACGUUCCACAAGAAGUCCGAGAAGGAGAGAUGCUGGGAGGAGAUAGCGACGGCUCUGCACAUGCCUGUUGAGGACGUGAAGGUGCGGGCAGCCUCUCUGCGGACGCAGUACUCCAGACUGCUGAAGCCUCUGCGCAGCGGGAGGAAGAAGAGAGCCACGACGCCCCGACAGCAGAAGAUCCUCACCUCGCUGAAGUUUCUGGAAAAACACAUCAUCUCUCGUUACUCCGAGCGCGAACUCGGCACAUCAGCAAAAGAGCUGUUGACCACACAACAGGAGAGUGAAGACAGUGAGCCAGAGAACACAGCCUUGUCCCCGGACCUCGAUUCUAGCAGGUUGAACUCACCUGCAGAGAGCGGUGCUUCCAGUCGGGCCACGUGGCCUAUGGAUAAAGAAGAUGAGUUUUUACAGCUGUGGCAGCGGCAUGAAUGUCUGUACAACAUGUCUGGAGACAAAUUUUACGACCGUAUCGAGAAGGAAAGGAAAUGGGCUGAAAUCGCCAGAGCUUUGGAUCUUCCAGUUGAGGAUGUAAAGAUGAGGGCCACCACGCUACGAACUCAGUAUGCCAGACUGUUGAGAGUGCAGGGUCAAAGGAGGAAUAAACCCAUGACACACAGGCAGAAGAGGAUCCUGAAAUCCUGUGAAUUCCUCAGACAACAUAUCAACUAUCGUUCCAGUGAACACAAACUUGACCAAUCGAUGACAGAUGAGUUGAAGACGCAGAAGGACGGCAACAACAGCGAGCCAGAGAACACCGUACCACCGCAGGACUUAUAUGGUGGAGCAUCACCUUCACCCAGCCAGAGCUCCUCUGUUUCACCUCUUCCUCAUCAGCUUCCCGAAAAACAGCCAAAAAUCCAAAAUGGGAACGACGUGGAGAGACAGAAAGUUGCCUUGUUACAACAGAUGAUCGAUGUUAUCCAGGAGAUUGGCAAACAACCAGAGAGAGACUGUGAGGACUCGUUUGGCCUCACUGUCGCAAUGGAACUAAAGAGGAUACAGAACCUGGCACUGAGGAACACCGUCAAGAGACAGAUAAUGACUACGCUGUAUGAUGCGCUCGACUCUGAAAUGAUGAUAGACCCAAUCUCAUACCUCAUACCUGACCAAGAGCCCGAGGAAACUUUUCCAAGGGAUGAAUCCCAAUCUGUAACCGUGGUCAUACCUUAACAUCUCACAUGUAUUAUGUAACAAAAAAGAAAGACUGAGAUAUUGUUUAGAUAGUUCAUAGCAGCUAGUUUAGUUUAGUUUAGUUUUUGUGUAUAACGUCGUGCCUCUAGUUUAACUGCAAGAUUUUGAAAUCAGAUGGGUCCAUUAAAGUUUUAAAAGGUCCUGA